AUGGGAAUCGCGUACAUGUUUGGAGGGCUCUUCUUUCAGGUAGCCUACAUUCUGGCGCUUACCGUCAUCUGCUCCCGCGAUUUUCUGAGUUUUUCUUGUUACAAGCUGAUGGCGACACUUGGCUUCAUGGAUCUACUAUGCACUUGCUUCAGCGCACAUCUUUCCGGGUUUUUCUAUAUCGUCGGGGCGGAGUACUGUAUGUACCCGCGGCUACAGUACGUCAGUGGAGCUGUUAUUGUUGGCUCCUUCGCUACCGUUUGCCAACUCUCCAAUGUACUUGUAAUCAAUCGUAUCAUCGAUUUUUGGCGGCCACCGUUGGGAAGAUUUUUGUUUGAGGGGGCUCAAACGUGGAUCUACAUCAUCGUUAUCCUCGCCUACGGAUUGGUGGCGAUUUGGAAGGCUCCACCCGUGGUAUUCAGCGCGGAUUACGGAGCCUGGAUCUUCCAUCCACUUAUUCCGGGCAAGCUGGAUUAUCAGUACGCCUCUCUCUUCCAAACCGUCAACAACCUGGUGACAUCAGCUGUUAU